GAAGCGCUGAGAUUGCUGUAAAGGGAGGGAACGACGCCAUCUGGCUCGGGCGAGGAGAAAGGGAAGGGAGGUCCAGGAUUGCCUCACGUUCCCUUUCUCUCGCUCUCGCACACAGACAGACAGACACGCACGCAGCCAGCCAGCGCCAGCCAGGAGUUGUCCCAGACAGUAGGCGGGGCUUGGCGGGGACAGCGAGGCCGCGGGACGCGCGCUCCUGGCGGGUUCGUGCCCGCGCGCCGCCGUCUCUUCAGCCACGGCGGUUUUUCCACCUCCUCCUCCUCAGUCUCUGCAGUGAGGUCACCGGAGGGGGGGCGGUGCGUCACCGGCGGCUCCUUCUUCUGCUCCGCCGCCGCCAGACUGUUGGGGACAGCCGGAGAGCGCCCGACUGGGAUGUACGGUAGGGAAAGGACGCCUGGCGUAGAAAAGCUCGGGAGCCCUGGAGCGAAGAUUCUGUGAAAGGAUGGACAGAUGUGUGAAUUAGUAGCUCCAGAAGUUAAUUUUGCUGAUGACCCUGCUCCUGUUUUCAUAGUUAAAUCUUGGAGUUGGAACACAUGCAUUCACAAUGGUCAUCCUUACAGAUAAGGUUCAGCCAGCACUCUUGAAUCAGCUUAUGAUUUGGGGUUUAUUGGUGAAUUAACAUCGGCAGUAUUGAAGAUGGAAAACCUGUUUGCACAAUAAACAAACCUAGAGCUUUGUCUUUGAUACUGUGAGUAAAAGGAAUCUGCUACAUAAAACAACUGUCCCACUAACUUUGAAAUCAGCAUGUCUCGGGCUGUGAGAAUAUCAGCGCUUUUGUGUUUUUAUGUUCAAAUGGAAGAACAUUUGAAGAGCCUCUAUACUUGUAAAAGUGGAAACCUUCAAAGUCAGACUUUGUACUAAAUUGCAGUUUUCUAUUGGAUGAAAUUAUUGGAUUGUUUUCAAGAUCCUUGACUUAAGGUUGUGAGCAAAACUCUUUUGUACAUGCAUCGGGUUGUACAUUUUAUAUUAGUAAAUUGGAAAAACAUUUUUAAACAUGACAGACUUUUCUAGGUAACUACUGCAUCUUUAAAUGCAAAGUGUUAAAUACUGGUAUCAGAGUUUACUGCGAUGGAAAAAAAACACCACACUGGUUGCACAAUAGCAAAUUGAAAUAAUUAGAAAUUGAAAUUUGAAACAGCUGCCCACAAUCAAAUUUCAGGUUCUCCUAUUUAAAAUUUAGCUAUGGAAGCUUCACAGACAAAUUUCCCCCUGGGUUACCAGUCAAAGCAAAAGGGGACUGUGACACAAGAAGAUGGGAGCCCUCCAGCAAAAAAAGCAAUUACAGAAAUGCAUAUAAAGGAUAAAGUACAAACGAUGGUAAAUAAAUUGUCAACAAUAAAAAAGGAACACUUAGAUGAGUGUGAAGAUCCUGUGGAGGACAGAGAGGAAGAUGCCAAGCCAAACAAUGCUGCAGCAUCUGAGCCUUUGAACUUAAAUCCUGGGUUGAAACAUACACUGGCACAGUUCCACUUAAGCAGCCAGAGUUCACUGGGUGGGCCAGCAGCAUUUUCUGCUCGCCAUUCCCAAGAAAGUACACCUUCGGUUUUCGUACCUCUCCCAUCACCUCAGAUCCUUCCUGGCCCCUUGCUUGUUCCUUCAGAUAGCUCUACAGAGUUGACUCAGACAUUAUUGGAAGGAGAAUCAAUAUCUUGUUUUAAAGUUGGAGGGGAAAAGAGACUUUGCCUGCCUCAAGUCUUGAAUUCUGUGCUACGUGACUUUUCUCUUCAGCAGAUUAAUACAGUAUGUGAUGAACUUUACAUCUAUUGCUCUAGGUGCACUUCUGACCAGCUUCAUAUUUUAAAGGUUUUGGGAAUCCUUCCGUUCAAUGCUCCGUCUUGUGGGCUGAUCACACUGACUGAUGCACAGAGACUAUGCAAUGCAUUGCUGCGCCCUCGUACUUUCCCUCAAAAUGGCAGCCUGCUUCAUGCUAAAAACUCACUGGCCCAACUAAAAGAGACUGGUAGUGCCUUUGAAGUCGAACAUGAAUGCUUGGGCAAGUGUCAGGGUUUAUUUGCUCCACAGUUUUAUCUUCAGCCAGAUUCUCCUUGUAUCCAGUGUUCGGAGUGCUAUGGAAUGUUCUCACCCCAAACAUUUGUGAUGCAUUCUCAUCGAUCUCCUGACAAGAGGACCUGUCACUGGGGUUUUGAAUCUGCUAAGUGGCACUGCUAUCUUCAUAUUAACCAAAAGUAUUUAGGAACUCCAGAAGAAAGAGAUUUGAAGCAUCUCUUGGAAGAAAUGAAAGAGAAAUUUAGUGUGAAAAAUCAGAAAAUAACCCAGUCUAAAGCAGAUGCUCAAUAUAACCUGGAAUUCCAACAGUGGUAUCCACUUAUAAAGCAAGAAGCAGACACUAUUAAUCAGCCACAUUCCUUCAUGCAUCCCAGCUACUACUUCUACAUGUGUGAUAAAGUGGUUGCUCCCAAUGUAUCUCUUACCUCUUCUGUAUCACAAUGUAAAGAAGCCACAAAAACAGUAGAGAAGAUUUCGGAGGUAAUUAAAUCUCUACCUGGACAGUUGAUGAAACACACCGGUAGCAAACGCAAAAAAUCCAACUUCUAUCGGGAUAGUUCUGUUGGUAUGAAAGAGAAAGUUGACUUGAAACUUGGUACAGAAGUGUGUACUAGUUUAGAGCAGUCUGUAUCCAUUAAGCCUGCAAACAGAAGGAAAGGUGAACAGGUCCUUUUCAAAGCAACUACAGAAGAUAAUGAAGUAGAAGAAAGCAGUGGUACACGAGCCUCAUCUCAGAUCAUUGCCAACGAUAUUGGUUAUGAUGACGACAAAGGGAAAAUCAUGGAAGAAGUAAUGAAAACCUAUAUAAAGCAGCAAGAAAAGCUACAUAUGAUUUUGCAGAAGAAGCAGCAUCUUCAAAUGGAAGUAGAAAUGUUAAGUAGUUCAAAAGCCAUGAAGGAGUUAACAGAAGAGCAGCAGAAUUUACAAAAAGAACUUGAAUCUUUGCAGACUGAACAUGCUCAAAGAAUGCAAGAGUUUUAUGUUGAACAGAGGGACUUGGAAAAGAAGUUAGAGCAGGUGAUAAAGCAAAAGUGUACCUGUGACUCUAACUUGGAAAAGGACAAAGAAGCAGAAUAUGCAGCUCAGUUAGCAGAACUGAGACAGAGGCUGGAUCAUGCAGAGGCAGAUAGGCAAGAACUCCAAGAUGAACUGAGACAGGAACGAGAAGCAAGACAAAAACUAGAGAUGAUGAUCAAGGAACUGAAACUUCAGAUUCAGAAGUCUUCAAAAAACAGCAAAGGGAAAUAAAGUGCCAACAAGAUUGGAUCUGCAUUUCUCCAGCAGGGCUAAUAUAUUUUACUUGUCAAGGAGAAGUCAAGCCAUGGAUCAACGAAGGUAUUUGGGACAAUCCACAGGAACAUCUCCUAUGCAAGCAGCAUCAAUUAAGCAGGAGCUGUGCAGUUCCUAAUCAUUUCAAUGAGUUCAUGCACAAGAGAAGUUCCCAGUAAAUUGUUCUCAAUGUAUGCAUAUAAAUAUGUAAUGAUAUACAUUUGUACAAUUUUCAGACUGAUGAAAUAUGUGCUGCCUUUUCUUUUCUUUUUUUUGUUCAGAGCACUGUUGAAACUUUGGGUUCUACAGGGCUCAUUAUGUGUUUAUUUGACAAGUAGUCUUGAGGACUCUAUUUUUUACUGAAAGCAACUAUCUUUUUUCCAAAAUAUGCAGCAUCCACAUACUUGUUUUCUGUUGCAUGUGUGCCAUUUACAUAACAUAUAUUUAUAGAUACAAAAAUCUAAAAUGGGCAGGGGGGAGUCUGACUGAAGAUAUAUUUGCCCUCUUUAGUUGCUCUACUCUAUUUCAUUUGAUGGGUAAUGCUGCUUAACUAGAUUUUUUUCCAUAGUUGAAGGGUUUUCCAAAUGCAGAUUUUCAGUAUUAACUGACAGAUGUUAAAUGCCAAUUGUUAACUCUUAAAUGCCAAAUGUCCGUUCUUUUGAUAACCUGUUGAAUACUGUUAUGAAAAGGAGUUGCUGAAAUUGAGUUCAAGAUCUGUUCCUUCUCAAUUCCUUUGGGCAACUGUUCAGGAGAGCCUGACAGAAAAUUUCACAUUUGAUACUGUUCUUUGAGUUUUCCCCAAACACUAAUAGAAGCUUGAAAAUGUCAGCCAUAUUGUAGAGUGGCAGUUUUUAAACAUCAAGUGAGUGGGUUACAUCAUUAGCAAUAAGGUCCUUGUGUGUGGAUUUUCAUUGAGUGCAUGGAAGUAGGUGGUCUUGACAUCUUAAAGUAAUAAAACAUUGUGGAGGAACUGGAAGAUACAAUGAUGUGAACAUGAUGCUGCUUUUUUUUAUGGCAAGGUAACCAUUACUUUUUCAAAAGUGUCAUUUAAAUGGUUUAUGUCUUAAGAAAAAUGCUUAGGGCAUCUGACAGCAGUAUGGCAAUUAGUCUGGUGCCAGUUAAAAAGAAGUUAAAUUCAGAGGCCAACAUCCUCACUAAUGCUACAGUGUGCAAAGCAUUUCUGCAGUGUUUAGUAAUGCAGAGUUGCGCUUGCACAUGGGGGCCCAGUUUUCACCAUCCCCCCCCCCACUAAAGAGAGGUAGGGGAUCUGUGAAAAUUGUGUCCCCACAUUUGCAGUGCAAAUCUGCAUUACUAAAAAAUGUGGAGGCACUUUACACAUUGCACCCCUGCACUGUUGCUGAGAAUGUCAGGCAUUGGUUUUUAGUGGUAAGUUAAUCUGGAGAAUCAUGUUCAGAAUAGUGAAUAAAGUAACUAAUGGUUUGGUGUUUUUUUAAACAUGUUUUCCUAUAAAAAAAACUAUAUUGGAUGAUGUUUUUAUUCUUUGAAAAGAUGUGCAGUUUUUUGCUUAUUCAAACCCUUCAUCAAGUAAAAAGGAAGCUAAUAAGUUAUAUAGAAGGUAGUCUGCUUACUUGGAUUAAAUGGUCUAAUGGUUCAGCAUUUAGCCCAUUAUAUAUACACUACAUUACCAGCAGCUGGGGGUUGGAAAGAGGAGAGAGAGUUUCUCCCCCAAAGUGAAAGUCUCUCUAAAUAACUGAACAUAACUAGAAAUGUGACCAAUAUAUUUCACAAACAUUCUAAUUUAUCUUGCCAUGGUCUAGCUAUAAGUGGCUGGCAGCAUACAUCCAUGAAUAACCUGCAGUGCUGAUAGUGAUUCAUGUCCAAUAAUUGUGUACAAUAUUCAUCUACAUCCACCUCCAAUCUAUGUGUGUGGCGGUCUGCUACGUGUGCACAUCUGGGGCGCUGUAAUUCUUUUUGUAUGCAUCUACAUGUAAAGACCAGUUCACACAACCAAAUUUGCAUGUGUCAAAUUUUAUUUCUGUUUUCAUUUCAUUCUGUUGCCAAUUUUUGGCUGUUCAGUCCCCAAAGCAACUUGCACCAAUCUAAAGGACAAACUGAUCUAAUGUUACAGACUGUCAUCCUAUGAAGGUUUACAUGGGGUAAGCCCUAUUGAGCAUAGUGAGACUUGCUUCCAAGUAAAUUUUAAAAUGAGACUGCAAUGUAAAUUAAAAGGCCUGGUAAAAUAAGUGUGUUAACUGUACUUCUAAAAGGGCUACUGGUGCAUAUCUGGUAGGUUUCUUUUCUGAGGAAAUUCCAAAAAAAGUCACCACCAAGAAGGCAUUACUUUUUUUCUUUUUCUUUCUUUUCUAUUUUUUUUAUAGAAGACAAGCUUGCUUCUCCUGGUGAUGGGAACCAUAAUAUUUACUCUUGUCAACUUUCAGUUGGGAAUUUCAUAUAAGAGAGAUUCCUUCAAAUAUUGUGCACCCAGGCAGGUUAGGAUUUUAAACAACAAGGCCAGCACCUUAAAUUUAGCUUGAAAACUAGCUGGAAGCCUAUGGAACGCUUGCAGAUUUGGUGUAAUUGUAUGGGACGCUUGCAUGAUAAAGAGUUGCUGCAUUUUGAACUAGCUGAAGACCUUGGAUUAUCUUUGCAUUACCACAAUAUGCAGAACACUAGUAUAGUAUCAUCUGGUGGGAUAUCUGGGUGGUGGUGCUGCAUCUGGGUGAAACACUUUUGAAAAUCCAGGAGCUCAGCCAGAUCCAGGAACGCUGCAAACCUUAUUGUCAAGUGAGAAUUUGACACCUUUAUAGGUAAAUUCACACAAUUUUGGGGCCUCUCAGUGAUAAGCAUCUUACCUAGAUUGAAUUUGUUCAUUCACUCUCAAGCCAUCAAGGAUCUAACCAGAUAUAUUGAUACUGGUAUAGAGUGAUUAUGCCUCGCCCCAAAUCCCUGGGCAACCUCUCCCAGAAGUUACACAUAGAUGGUAAAUAGCAUGUAGGGAAAGAAUAGAAACUUGUUGGACUCUGCAGCCUAACUGCCAAGGUUGUGAGUUUGUGAGCUAACUUCUUUUUUAAAAGAAGUUUUUAACAAAGAAGUUAUUGGAGUUGGUGAAAAAGUUGUGUGAUUGUUUCCCUACAUACUCAAUUUACACAUAAAUACAAAGCUUUUUGAAAUUGAGUUGGUUGAUGCUGGCAUAAAUUCUGAAGUCUGACGACUGGACUCUUGCAGAAACGAUCUUAAGCUGCUGCUAUCUGUGUUAACAAGUGUUAAACACUCUGCCCAUAAUGGUGUCCUCUGCCUCCUGGGGUGAACAAAAACCCCGAACAAUCUUCUAAAUAACUUGUAAUUGGGCUGUUGUUGUUGUUUUGCAUCACCAUCAGCUGUUUCAAAUGCAGCACAGUGCUGUUGAAGAAACAAAAUUUAAUGAAAAAACUAUUGCUCAUGUUUUUGGAAUUGUAAACCUGUGGGUUUAACAUACUUAAAUAUUAUAGUAUAUCCCAACCUUCAGUGUUUACUUUUCCUGUUAUAGAACAUACCAUGGUUGUGUUUAAUCUUUGUUUUAAAAGCAGGUAAGCAUCUUUCACGCAGGUUGUACAUUGAAAGGGAAAGCCAUGUUUUAGUGAAUAUGAAAAAUUAUUUGUGUUAAUAGUUCUUCUGCAUGCUAAAAUGUUUUGCUUCUAUUAGAUCUUGGUUCGACAGUUGCCUAUUAUGUGCUAGUUACUCUGAGAUAACUCCUAAGCCCAUUUCAGCCUCUGACUUGUUUACACAUGUCCAAGGGGUGAAUCAGAGGUUGAGGGCAAGAAGAGUCUCUCUUUCUGAUGGGAACACUUUAGAGUAACUAAAAAAAACCUCAAGGUGAUCAGCCCAAGUGAAUGGCUGAUCACCUUGAAUGAAAUUCCUGGUUUAUGUUUGCAGGGGUUACAUUAGGGUAAUAGCCCUGACAGAAUCUCUUAAUCUUGAUUAUGUGGGGAUCACUUGUACACCUCAAAACUUAAAUACUAUUUUGUGCAAACAGGUCUGAAUCUAGCAUAGGCAUACUUAAGACCAUUCACAUUGAAUGGGAUUUUAAGUACAUUUGCCUCUGUUGGAUUGUAGCCACUGUUUGAAAUUAGAUAUUGGAGGUAGAAGGUACCAUUAGAUAUAGAUAUUGAGAUUCUGAGUUUGAAUUUAUUAUCCUGGCAGGAGGAGAAAAAUACUUUUUUCUUCUUGUGCAAGCAGCAACAUCAUGUUUGAACAGUACUCAGCACAAGUCAUCCCACUGAUCUCUGGAGAUAUAUAGAGCUGAAAGGUCCUAACAAAAUGUUUAGUUUUUGACGAGCAGUAAUGCCUGUGGUUAAAGGUUAAAGCCACUGGAAAAAUGCCCUUGCCAUCACAUAUUAAUUCCAGACAAUAAUCCUAGUUGCAUGGUGUGCAUCUUUCAUGAGCAAUAAAUUGAUGUCUGAACUGGCCGUGUAUGUGUGUGUAAAGAACACUGAAAAGAAAUAGCAAAGCAUUCUUUCAUAAAAUUAUUGCAUUUAAUUAAUUCCUGCUUUCGAGCCCUAAACACAAGAGGAGGCUAGCUAUGGUCUGGAACUAGCAGACACGUCAGACAUUUUUUGAAUAGACACGAAGCCUGUGUGUGUUCAGAAAAUUUGAGUUCAACCCAGUCUGAAUUUGACAAUAUUUGAUUCUCUGGGUUCUGGCGAUGUCUGAUAGCAGUUUGGAUUCAGAAUCCGAGUUCAGACUUAAAUUUUGAUUUCCCCCCCCAUAGCCAGUCAGUGGUGAAAUCGAGGGGGGGGGGCUACAUGUUCCCAGAGCCUUGAAAAUUGCACCACACGUUGGGAAGGUCAGAGCCCCCUAUAGUGGAGUUGAAGAGAAUAGGUCAAUCACCUAAUUUUUGGUGAUUUUUGUUUUAAACAAUUGUGAAAUCUGGCUUAUUUUGAGCCAAAACUUUACAAAGAUUUAUGAAACAGAAGACCUUCCUUGAACCAUCAUUCCACCAGCAUGUGGAGGAAUCUGCCCUUUGCCUUCAUCAAAUACCCCUUUUGUGGAAUGCAUGGGCAAACAGUUAGAAAAUCUGGCACACAUGAAGUCCACAUUGGAAGAACACUGUGUAAUUCCCCUCCCCCCCCUCCCGCAGGCAAUAGGUUUGAUUUUUUUAAAUCAGAGGAAAACACUGAUUUUUUUGGAUCUGAAGCCCCUCCUUGGACCAUCAUUCCACCCCAUGUGGAGGGAAAAGGACAUUCCUUUGAUUUUAUAUUUUUUUCCUCUCCAUUGCAGGAACAGGCAGACCUUUUAAAAAGGAUUAAAAGGACUUCACACAUUUUAUUCCCUUAAUGGCUAGAAGGGAAAGUGAGAAAUUCAUUCUAACUACAGAAAUGUUCAAAGUACUUUCAUAUUUACUGACUCUGUUUCUGGAAUGGGGAAGAGAAAAAUUAAUAUAAAAUCAAUGGAAUGUCCUUUCCCCUCCACAUGAGGGUGGAAUGAUGGUCCUAAGGAGGGCUUAUCCUGAACAUUUUUAAAGUUCUGGCUUGAAAGAAGCCAGUUCUAACCCUUUUUAUUUUUAAUUCCCCCAUCCCUCCCCCCAAAUCAAGAGUUACCCAAGGAUUAGGAAAAACACAAUUCUGCCAUUGUGGACCUCAUGUGUGCCAGAUUUCAUAACUUUGUCCAUCCAGUCCGGAAAUAUAAAGGGGGGAGGCAGAAGGGACUGGGGUGUGCACAAAAUUGGUUUGCCUGGUUGAUCGAGUUUGGACUGGGCAUGUUCAGUUUUGUGCACCUCAAAACAUCCCCGAACAACCCCUGGUUCAGUUCAGGGGUUCAACUUUCAAGUCUGAAAAUUCACUGCCUCCCGCUUCUGGGGCUUCUCUGUGGCUGCAGAUGUGUGUGUGUGGGUCCCCCUCCCCCACUGGUCUCCAGUUGGUUACAAAAAUGCCUGGUUUGGGCAGUUUGGCCUGUUCUGGACCUGUCCUCCAAGGUGGUGGCUGUUGUGGAGGCCACUGUGCAUGCCCAAUGGGCCUCUGCAUGUUCUGGGUCAUGACACGGCCAGGCAGAGGCCAAUUGGACAUGCGUGGCGGCCUCCAAAAUGGCCACUGCCAUGGAGGGCAGGCCCGAAAUGGGGCCGAUAACUGCCCAAACCGGGCAUAUUUGUAACAAACUGGAGGCCAGUGGCGGGAGAGGGAACCUCUGGAGGGAGACACACACACACCCUGUGCCCAUGGAGAAGCCCCUGGAGCAGGAGACAGUGAGUUUUCAGACUUAAGAACCUGAACCAGGGGUUGUUUUGGCUUGAGACUGGGCCAAAAAGUGGCAGGUUUGGUUCGAGCCCGGCUUGACGCUGAGCCUUCGAAUGGAGCAUGCUCAAUGUUGAGCUGGUUCAAUACUGAACAUAUAUGCACACCCCUAAAAGGGGCAAGCUGUUACCCCUUUUGAUUAAGGCAAAGGGCAGAUUCCUCCACAUGCUGGUGGAAUGAUGGUCCAAGGAGGGUCUUCAGUUUCAGAAAUUUUGUUUUUUUAAAAAAACUCCUGGCUUGAAACAAACCAGAUUUUCACCAAUUUUUUUAGCCAUUUUAAAUAGAAAUCUCAAAAAUUCACCAAAAACCAGGGCAUUGACCAAUUCUCUUCAAAAUCACUACAGGGGGCUCUGACCCCUUUCCCCACAUGUAUGGCAAGUUUCAAGGCUCUAGGACCAACCAGUGACUUUUAAGUGAAUUUAUUUUGAUUUCCCCAUUCACCUCUAUGGGGGGAAAUCCUAUUCCAUUUUGCUAAUCCUGAAUUGCUGAAGUAUUUCCAUAAUUGAUUUUGAUAAUUUGGAAUUCUGACUUUACAGAUAAAUUAAAAAAAAAUAUUUUGGGCUAAUAAAAUCCAAAUUUUUUAAAUCUAAAUUUGCACAGGCCUAAUAGAAAGUAGCUUUCCAGAUAACAAUGCAACUGAAUAUGUUCAUACUUUCCCCUUUCCAUACUUUCCACAAAUUUUUCCACUGUUGAUGGGGAAAAUGAUUUUAUAGAGUGUAUUUUUGGAUCCAGUCAGGAUUUGUAAUCAUGUAAAAUUUCUGUUCAAAGAUAGUGCAGCAAUUUAAAAUGCAAGAGCCGGCAUUGGUCUUAAAAGUUGCUACAACAAUGGAAACUGAACCAGUGGUGGGAGUUCUGACUAUAUUUUAGAAAAAUGUGUGUUGGGAUAAGAGAGAAUGCUACUUUCAGAUUUACUGUCUCUGAAAAUCUGUUUAAAAAAACACAACCAACACCCCAAAAUAUGAACUUGCUACCCUUGAAUUGCACAAUUCAUUUCAGACUCCUUUACCUAAGACUUUCAUGUAGGUGUUAAGUAAUUAAUACACAGAACUGUGCCAUAGGUGUCGAUCGUCACCAAGAAAUAGUUUUCUAGUAAAUUGUAAAUAUUCUAUGUUUUACAGCAACUAGUUUCCUACAUUGAUCUCUUGACUUGCAGUACAUAAUGGGUGAUUUACUCCACUGCCUGUAUGACUUGAACUGCAUAUAAAGACUUUGCCCACUUAUAGAGACCUAUGACAAAUUAUCCCAUCAACUUGAAUUUGCUCUCUUAGCCUUGACAUGCCCAUUUUGUAAGUUAAUUAUUAGUAAAGGCUUUACCAGCAAAGUUCACCAGUGUUCUUGGCCUUUCAAAUAAGAAAUUUGUUUCCCAAAUUGUUUUCUCCACUAAAAUUUCUAAAAAGGGCUAAAAUGUUUUUUAAGCUGCAGUUCAGGAAUGCCUAGAAGCAAGGCUGCCAAAAACUAGAAUCUGCUUCCAAGGUUUAUCUUGCUUUUGAACAGAGAAGUUUUGUGCAGAGUGCAACAGACUCUGCAAGGAAUAUAGGAGUGGAUCUUUAUCUUUUGGGGGCAGUCCUAAAGACACCCAGACGUGAGAAAACAGCCCUUUAAGAUUAGAUCAAAAGCUUUAGCAAAGUCUCUAGGCGUAUUCAGACAAGUUGUAUUCUUCAGUAGGAUCUAUAUCACUUAGCUUGAGUAUUUGAGAUAAAUAUGGUAGUUAUGGGGUAUAUUUUACAUUCUUGGAUUAAUUUUAUUAUAUAUAUUUAAUAUAUUAAUAGUUGUAAAAUCAUUUGUACAUAGUCAAGGUAUCGUAAUGCAAUCCUUGCAGUAGUCUAUGCUAUAAGGCGUAUAGCGCGCUGUGAAGAGGUUUACCUAUUCAAUGCUGCUUUGUCCUACAUUCUUGGAGCCAUGAGUGAUUGUACUUCUGCAUUUCUCUUGGCUUCAGUUUGAAAGAGCUGUGCAGAAUUUUUAGUUAUAGCUAUGUGGAUGGCUUACUGCUACAGCUUGGAAGCAUUUUCAGGGGACAAUGUAGCUGACCUUAAAACACUUUUCAAAGUUGGCUCUCCAAAGUUCUUUUGAUCAUUAGAAAAGCAUUUUUUUAAAAUUGAAAAAGAUCAUCCUGUUUUAAACAAACCAUGAUAGUAUGAUAAAGCAACAAAAUACUUAAAUGCACUUGUAAUCCUGUGCUUAAAAUAUUUUAAUUUAUGCUGCUGUUGCAAAGUAUCUCUGUUCAACAAGCAGCAGAUUGCUCUCUUAAUGAUAUUUCCUACAACAUGUUCAUUCAGUCCAUCUGUGCUAAUGAGAGGCAGUCUUCAAUUUCCUUACUGGAAAGUUCUCAGAUUUUUUUAUUUUUUAUUUUUUGCCUCUAUUAUGAAAGCAAAGGCCAUACAUUUAUAGAUUGCACAAAUGUGCUUUGAAGCCUUCAAGCACAGUGAAAGGAAUUUUAUUUUUAAAAAUUGAAUAUCCAGUGAAAUACAGUAAUCCAUUACACUAUUUAAAAUACCUCACUUAACGAAAAAAGGAAGCACAGUUGUAAUGUAUCUAAAUAAUUCUAGUGAACACACAAUAUAUUGUGUGUCUAAAUGUUCUGAUGCAGCUAUGUUGCCUUUCAGAAUGAACAGGUCUGUGACUGACACAAUUCUAUUUACGUGCAUUCAUUAUGCUUCUGAGUGUGUGUUGAUGCUGACAUCUUUUAAUAUAUUGCCACAAUCUAGAGGUGUGUGCAGCCAGCUUUGCGUGCUUUUGUGGGACCUGGGACACGUUUCUUGAACAGCAGGUUCCCUGUGCCACAUAGCAAAUCAUUUUUUGAAGUUUCAAAAUCAGUUUGUAAUGUGGCAUGCAAUAUGCUGUUUAAAGGGGGGGGGGGGAACCAUGGCCAAUUGGGUAUGCACAAAAGUACCAUUCUGGAUUGUGACCAAAACCUUCAAAGAAUCAUCUAUAAAGUAUAGUUUAUAGAGUGUUUGUAGAACCGUUUUUCAAUCAAGGCAACAUGGAAUGAUUGGAGUAAAACAAUGACCGAAAGUGAGAUCAGUGUGUACCUACCAACAAUUUUCAGUGAUUUGCCAAUGAUGUAUAGUUCUAUAGUUUGGAGUUGCUGUGGUUGCAUUACAUAACACACAAAACUGUCCUCUACCUCAUGUGAUACGAACAGAUAUUUUAUAUGGUUUUAGUAAAAACAAGAUGCAUUUAUCUGGUCACUUAGUUUACAAAAUUUUGAAUUAUAUUUAUUGAAACAUGACAUACUGUGCUCUUAGCUUAUACCUCAAUUGUAUUUUGUGCAGUUUUCCAUUUUUCAUGCAUUGUAAAUAUCCUGUAUAGAUUGUGGAUCCACAUACAAAUAAAUAAUUCUGAUGUCAA